AUGGUUUUGACCUUGCGAGGUAGCGUGAAUGUGGCGCAACUCACAUCCAUGAAGCUAUAUUUCUACUUACUGGAGAAAAUGAUAUGUUUGCAGGCGUCUAUCGUCGAUGGUCUCCAGAUCAACAUCAUUACUGAAAAAGCUUUAGAAAGAUUCCCGGAUUUCUCGCGUGAACUCCAAAUCUCUGACUCGGAGAUGCGCGUUCCAAAGUCAAAUGGAGGGUACUAUCUGGCGAAAGACCAGAUAGAACUCAACUUUAGCACCGAGGAUAUGAAAUUCAGCAACACGGAAACUUUCUAUACUUAUAAAGGCGGCGACGGGGACCUUGACCCGAGUAUCGAUGUAAUUAUUGGUCGAGAUUCGGAGGCGGUCCGGUAUUUUAUAGGUGAUCAAAAUGCUAAACAACAGGAUCCUCUUGCACAGCAUGCGACGGCUGCUGAAAAGAUGCCUGCGAAAGGAGCUUCCACUGGAGAAGUGUCCGAUGAACAUAUAUCUCACGAAAACUUUACCCGGCUAGCCUGUGUUUCCGUCCAGGACAAAGUAUUCCCGUCGAAAAUAGGCUUCUACACUCAAGCUGGUGCAGAUGUAAUAACAAAGGCAGCAUGUGAACGAAUGCAAUUGGAGAUAGAGUCUUGUAGCGAUGUACGCUUUCGUUUACAGAGCUAUUUCUCACAUAGCGAGGUUAGUGCUACACGCGUUGUUCGAGAGCUGAAGUUCCAUUUAAACGGUGAUCGCAAGAUAUAUACCGGUGACUUCUUUGUGCUUGAUUUAGACCUGUCGAAUAAUGUUGACAUUAUCCUCUGUAGCAAGAGCCUCGCGAAAAACGAGAUUGUUGUUUUCAGCCACAAACUUAAGCGGAAUAAACGCUCUUUGUCUGUACCGCAACGACCCAAAGAUUGCGAAAAGGGAAUACCUCCUGUUGCUGAAUGGGAACGUGGGAAACCUACUUUGAGUCAACGUGCCAACCACGGAGGGACCCACCGCGCGGGGAGAUAUUACUAUUAG